CGCUCCGCGACGGAAAAAAAAAAAAAAAAAAAAAAAAGAGGAAGAGGGUUAUGGCGAGCGGCGUUGACGGUAGAGUUCCUCUCCUCUGCGGCGAGCGAGAGGCGGAGGAGCUAGGGUUGGCGCGGAGGUGGUGGAUUGAGUCCAAGAAACUGUGGAGGAUCGUUGGCCCCGCAAUCUUCGCCCGCUUGGUGACCUACAGUAUGAACGUCAUCACUCAAGCCUUCGCCGGCCACCUCGGCGAUCUCGAACUCGCCUCCAUUUCCAUCGCCAACACCGUCGUUGUUGGCUUCAACUUCGGCCUCAUGCUUGGCAUGGCGAGCGCCCUGGAAACCCUGUGCGGGCAGGCCUUCGGGGCGAAAAUGUACCACAUGUUGGGCGUAUACUUGCAGCGCUCAUGUAUCAUCCUCUUCCUGUUUGCGCUUCUCCUGCUCCCCAUGUACUUCUUCGCGACGCCGAUCCUUUUGCUGUUGGGGCAGCCGACGGAGCUGGCGGAGCAGGCUGGGAAAGUGUCUAUGUGGUUCAUUCCCCUGCACUUAUCCUUCGCAUUCCUCUUCCCUCUCCAAAGAUACUUGCAGUGCCAACUUAAGAACUCCAUCAUCGUUGCGGUCUCCGCCUUCGCGCUCGUGGUCCACCUGUUUGUGACUUGGUUCUUCGUGUCUAAGCUCAAGUUUGGCCUCAUCGGGACCGCGCUCACCCUCGACUUCUCUUGGUGGGUCGGCAUUAUCUGCCUCUUUGCGUACGUGACGUGCGGCGGCUGCCCUGAGACGUGGAAUGGAUUCUCAAUGGAAGCCUUUUCCGAGCUGUGGGAGUUCGUUAAGCUAUCGGCUGCCUCCGGGAUCAUGCUCUGCUUGGAGAACUGGUACUACAGAAUACUGAUCUUAUUGACGGGAGAUCUUGAGGAUGCAGAAAUCGCCGUGGAUGCCAUCUCUGUUUGCAUGAGUAUUAAUGCUUGGGAACUGAUGAUUCCGUUGGCAUUCUUUGCUGGUACAGGAGUGAGAGUGGCCAACGAGCUCGGAGCUGGUGAUGGAAAAGCUGCAAGGUUUGCCUCCAUUGUAUCAGUGGUGACUUCUUCUUUGAUAGGUUUAAUCUUCUGCCUUCUUAUCGCGGUGCUUCAUGAUAAGUUUGCCUUGAUCUACACAUCGAGCUCAGUCGUUAUCAAAGCUGUGGAUAAGCUGUCUGUUCUACUGACGUUCACAAUUUUUCUCAACAGCAUACAGCCAGUUCUCUCCGGUGUUGCUGUUGGAUCAGGAUGGCAAUCCUUUGUAGCCUAUGUUAAUAUAGGUACAUACUACCUGGUUGGGAUCCCUGCUGGGGUUGUGAUGGGAUGGAUUUUCAAUCUCGGUGUCUCGGGCAUAUGGGGAGGAAUGAUUGGUGGAACUGCAGUACAGACCCUGAUUUUAGCGAUAAUUACCAUAAAAUGCGAUUGGGUUAAGGAGGCUGCAGUUGCUCAGGAACGUAUGCAGAAGUGGGCUGGUUCAGCCAGCCCGUAGCAACCAAUGGAUGAAGAGUUGCACAAUUUCACAUCAAAUAAAUUAAACAGUAGGUAAUAAAAACAACUAAUAAUUUUAUUCUUAUGUGAUUCCUUUAGCUAGCUUAAAAGGCUUGGAACAUCCUUAAUUAGUUGCAAUCUUUGUAUUAUUCUUUGCCCUUCUUCUUGAUUA